GUAGAUCUGAUGAGAAACAAGGCUUGUUACCCCCGUGACAAAACAGCAGUAAAGAAAAAAAGCACACACACCCAAGUGUUGAGAGCAGGAAACAACAUGGAUGAACUCGAUUUGCUGUUAGAGGAGCUGGCUUUGAGUCCUACUACAGCUUCAAACAGUCUCCGGGAAUCCACCACUGCAGCUGGUGGACAGGCUCCAGCUGCCAUUCUUGCCAGAGACAAAAAGGAAGAGAAAAACUCAACCAGCUCUGAUGUCUACAGUGACCUACCCGCGCCUGUUGCAGCUGCUCUGCCUCCGGACUCACCAACUCUAGAACUGGAGUCUAUCUUGCAAGACCUGAUGGGUUUAGCAGAAGAGAACCAAUUACCUCCAUCAGCCCCUCCACCACUGACACAGAAGCAGUCUACAAAGAAAAGAAACGAGGAUGGGAGAUCAGGGCAGAAGGACACCGACAGCAGCAGGAGUAGCAGCGGCCCGGCAAGUUCCAACCCAAAACCCUCGACCCAGACGCAGAAAACGGAUUCUAUAGAUGACCUGCUUGGAGGUCUGAGCUCGGACCUGGAGAAGAUCGGUGUGCGCACCACAGCCAAAGGCCACUGUGCUGCAUGCAACAAAUGCAUUGUUGGAAAGGUGAUCACAGCUCUGGGUGAAGUGUGGCACCCUGAGCACUUUGUGUGUACGGUGUGUAAGAACGAGCUGAGCACAACAGGCUUCUUUGAGAGAGAGGGACGGCCGUACUGUGACAAAGACUACCAUCAGCUCUUUUCUCCACGCUGCGCCUACUGCAAGGGGCCGAUAUUGCAGAACAUCUUGACAGCUCUGGACCAAACUUGGCACCCGGAGCACUUCUUCUGCACACACUGCGGAGAUCUGUUUGGGCCAGACGGCUUCCUGGAGAAGGAUGGAAAACCAUACUGCUGCAAGGACUUCUACCACCUUUUUGCUCCCAAAUGCUCCGGCUGUGGGGAGUCCGUUAGAGAGAACUACCUGACUGCAGCCAAUGGCACCUGGCAUCCAGAGUGCUUCGUCUGCGCAGACUGUCUGAAGCCAUUUAGCGAUGGUUGCUUCAUGGAACUGGACGGUCGGCCCCUCUGUUCCAUCCACUUUCACUCCAGGCAGGGCACCCUGUGCGGGGGUUGUGGGAAGCCCAUCACUGGCCGCUGCAUUUCAGCUCUCGAUCGCAAGUUUCAUCCUGAGCACUUUGUUUGCGCCUUUUGUCUGCGGCAACUCAGCCACGGGAUCUUCAAGGAGCAGAAUGGAAAGCCCUACUGUACAGCUUGCUUCAACAAGCUCUUUCUAUGAGACAUUAACAGCAAGUCACUCAACAAUGAAGACAUAAUGUCUAAAGUUGGAAGAGGAUGGCUAUUUUCCCACAUGAGUGAGCUGAAUUAUCUAUUAUUAAUAUUGCAUUCCACGGUUGUGGAAUGAGGUGAUAAGAUUCCAUGCUUCUUAUCCUAAUACCACUAAAUAAAAUGUUGAACACAUAUGCCAAGCAAACCGGGUGCACAUGUAUGUUUUGAUCUUAAUAAAAAUACAGCUGCUCUGUAAAAGUCUCAAAGAUUCUUUUAGAGAAAAUGAGUGAAGGAACAAAGCGGAAAAUCAGGGAUAAAGUUGGGGAGAAUUUUAAAGGAUGGUCAGGUUAUAAAAAUUAUAUCUUAAACUUUGAACAUUUAUGGCAUAACUGUGAAUCCAGUAAGAUAUGAUGAUCUGCCUAAAUUGGCAAGGAGAGGAUUAACAACAGAUCCACUGAUCAGUGGGCUGUACAUUGGCACAGUUUAUAGCACUAUUUCCUCACAGCAAGAAGGUCUUAAAUAUGGCUGGGGGUCUUGGCACAUGGAGUUUCCAUGUUUUCGUCUUGCAUCCAUUGGUUUUCUCCAGGUACACUGCAGAAUUAAUCCUGGUCCAGAUUCAUGACUGUUAGGUAAAUUGAUCUCGGUUAAUUUUCUGUAGGUAUGACUGUGUAUGGAUAUUUGUUCUCUGCGUCUUUUUGUUGAUCUAUAAUGGACUAGCAACCUCCAUGAUCUGUAGAGAUAAGCACCAAGGCCCUCAAUCCCUUUGACCCUGCAAAGAAAAAAGAGAGGAUAGCCAGUGAUGGAUGGAUAAUUAUCAGUCAUGGUCUGGUUUAUUUCAAAGACAUGCAUGCUGCUCUUCUCUUGUUUCUAUUUGUAAUCAACCACUUAUCAACCUCCUUCCACAUCCCAAUUGUAUUUCACUUUGUGUUGCUUGAUCACAUAAAAACCCACUACAAUGCAUGGAUUUGUGGCCCAAAAUGACAG